AUGCAUCCCAAACCGCGUCAUCGUGUUCUCGAUGUGAUCCUUCGAAUCAACCCCUUGGUCUUGGCGACAGGACGCACAAAUUAUCAGGUCGUCUUCCAGGAAUCCUCUCAAAAAUUUGCACAAAGGUUCUGGCUGCCUGUCUAUGGUGCUCUGCAGAUACGGAUCAUGCAGACGCUUUCACUGAAGCGUGCUGCGGCGGUGGCUGGACACCCUUCCAGCCUCAAGCUCAACAAACGCCUUGCCCGCAUUUCUAUCCUUAUUCUUAGCUUCACCCUAUCUGUGGCUCUGUUUGCUUGGACCAAACAGCAUGACCGGCACGCUCAGCGAUCCUGGCUCUCAGGGCUGUUGCACAGAGCAAAGUAUGGUGGACAACGGGAGACCCCCUUUUACCCUCACGACACAACAACCAGCUUUUCACCCGUGUCUUUCUCUGCGGAUCAAGUCGAGAACUUGUCCACCAAAGACAUGUGUGCUUCCUUCCCCCACUACCUCAUCCGAGAACACAUCCAGCCAGUCUUGAAGAUGGGCCAUGGCGAAAACCGCGACAUGAUCAAUGCCCAGCUCAACAGCGUAUCCGCCUGCUUCCACCCUGAUGAGCUCCUCAUUUUCUCAGACCUCCCAGAGACGCUGCCAAAUGGCCACCAGGCAGUCGACAUCCUCCGCAACCUUCCGCAGAGGUACAGGAUGAUCAACGACACCCCCGAAGCCCAGCCAGAGCCCGACUUUGCUGCCUACGAAGCCAUGUACGACCUCUUCCGAGCCGGGAACCUGACUGCCGAAAACAAUCCGACGAUGAAGAAUAAAAGGACCGGGUGGAGGUUGGACAAGUACAAGUUCCUGGCGCAGGUAGAGCGUGCCUGGACCGAGAGAAAGAACAAAGACUGGUAUUUCUUUUACGAGAGCGACACGUUUGUCUCGUGGGACAAUGUGUUCCGGUUCCUGUCAACGCUCGAUCCCAACAAGGCGCUAUACAUGGGGAGCCCUUCUCCGGGCCGUCGCGAUCCCAAGACAGAUGAGGAGACUUGGUUUGCCAACGGAGGUCCGGGUUAUGUGCUUUCGCGGGGCGCGAUGAGGGUCCUGUUUGAGAAGAGACCUUCGUCGCGGGAAACGGGGGUGUGGACGGAAGAGCCGUUUCUCCUGAAAUACAUAAACGUUGUGAGGACAGACCCGUGUGGUGAUGCCAUUCUGGGUUGGGUGCUUUGGCUCGUAGGGAUACGGCUCAGCGGCUUCUUUCCGUCGUUUAACACGUAUGCACUACACUCACUACCAUACACACAGAGGUUGUGGUGUCAAAGCUUUUUGACUAUGCACAAGCUAAGCCCAAAAGAGAUGGUCCGGCUUUGGAGAUGGGAGUACGGAAACAGGAAGCUGGGUCGGCCGUUGAUGUACGCCGACUUGUUCGAGAACUUCUUCCUGCCGGAGAUUGAAGAGGCCGAUGCGAGAAACAACUGGGACAAUACAAACUGGGAUCGGCUGGCGCGUGGCAGUGAUGUAUACGUUAACAGUGUGGAGGAGUGCCGCGAGGCCUGCGAAAAGAAGACUAGCUGUCUCCAGUACCACUGGAAUGGCAAACAAGCCAGAAAGUGUGUGUUGAUGCCCUUUGUCACACUGGGGCGAGCAAAGGAUCCCGAGACAGUGGUGAAGAAAGAGGGCGGAGAAGAGCGAUUCGUUUACACCAGUGGCUGGAUAAAACCUCGCAUCAAGAGCUGGGCCAAGGAGCAUCCUUGCGCGAUACCUGACUGGUUGAGUCCCAGUACUGAAAGACAUUAUUGA